AUGGCAGUCACGUAUAUUUUUAUCGUGGUUCUAGGCUUGCAAAAUGUAUUUAUCAAUUCAGGUUACGCGUUUGGUUUACUACCUUUCAGCGGCUUAAAGACAAUUGGUGACCUGUUGCAAUUAGCCAAAGAGUUUCCUAAAUUAAUUGACGAGAUACAACAACUCAUAGAACACGACGGCCUGAAACAAUACAGAUUAGGAGAGGAUAAUGAAGACAAAUACCUAAAUGCUACUCAAUUAAUGCAUAAAUAUGGUCAUGAUGCAGAAAUUCACCAUGUUACAACUGAAGACAAAUACAAACUGACGAUGUACAGAAUUCCGGGUAAAGGAGAACCUGUCUUUAUAAUGCACGGCUUGUUGAUGAGUGCUGUAGAUUGGCUGACGGUCGGACCUCAUAAAGCUCUCCCAUACAUACUAGCGGAGCAAGGGUACGACGUAUGGAUGGGCAACGCCCGCGGCAGCUCUGUAGACUCACGGGGCCAUGUAUACCUAUCUGCAGAAGACGAUGUUGCCCGUUACUGGGAUUUCAGCUGGGACGAAAUCGGCCGUUACGACCUGCCCGCUAUGAUCGACUAUGUACUGCAGGAAACUAACCGAACUGCUGUCAAAUACGUAGGCCACUCACAAGGAACAACGUCAUUCUUCGUGAUGUGCUCAGAGAGACCGGAAUACAACGAAAAAAUAUCAAUAAUGGUCGCGCUCUCACCAAUCGCGUAUAUGUCACAUAUGGAGAGCCCCCUUACAAAGCUCGUGUCUCCAGCUGCAGGGGCCUUCGGAGAAAUAAUACGCAAUGUGAUAGGUUUUCACCGUCUUAAUCCUCAAAACCCAUUGAUUGAAAUUUUAACAAAAAUUAUUUGUGGCACUACUGAACUAGCUACCCUUAUUUGUAGUAAUAUGAAUUUCCUGGUUUCUGGAUUUGGCAUUGGUCAAAUGAAUGUAACUAAUCUGCCUGUGAUUUUCGCUCAUGCGCCUGCAGGAAUCGCAUUUAAGCAACUGUUCCACUACGCUCAAGAAAUUAAUUCGGGGGAAUUCGAAAAAUAUGAUAAUGGGCCUAUAAGGAACUUACAACUUUACAAUUCUAUGAAGCCGCCCAGGUAUUCAUUGGAGAAAGUAAGCGCACCAGUGGCGCUUUUCUACAAAAAGAAAGGAGAUUGGUUUGCAGGCUACAAAGACGUCCAGAAACUGCGCAAGAAACUUUCCAACGUUGUAGAUUUCUACGAAAUUCCAUUUAAAGGUUUCUGUCAUACAGAUUUCGUCUGGGGAAAGGAUGUUAAAGAAUUAGUUUACAAAAGAGUUUUGAAAUUAUUUAAAAAAUAUUAAGGACAUCGCA